AUGCCAAGAUUUCCUCCUUCCUCCAACGUUCCUGCCAUGCCUCUUUAUGAGCCAAUCUUGGAGUUGGAGGCUCAUUUGAGUGGAGCGUUUGAGGCAAACAACUCCAAGGCCAAAUCCAGUGGGCCAACGAAGGGGUUGGAUGACGGACCAUCAAAGGUUGAGAAAUCUAGGAAGGUUCAGUUGAAGGCCAAGCCUCUAGUCCUCAAGAAUCAAGUAGCGACCAAGGUGGUAUCAACAUCUAAGGUCGAUGAGAAAAAAGAGAAUGACCAUGAAAUGGUCGGGAAUGUUAGGGGUAAACCCCAAACGAGAGAAGACAAGCCAAAGCCAGAAGAAGACCAAGUUAUGGUCGAUGUUCAAACACCUGAGACGGAAGAAAAGGCUAAGGCUAUGGCCGAUAUUAAGGCCACAGAAGCUUCAGAAAAUCCAAAAGGCACUUUGGCUGAUGAUGAAGAACUUUAUGGGGAAGAUGAAGAGUACAGUGAUGAUGAGUAUUUCGAAGAACUUACAGAAGAAGUUAUGGAGCAACUAGCUAAAGAACACACGGAAGAGAUGGCCAAGUUUGAAAAUGAACUAAAAGUGGGCAAGGCCAAGGUGAAGUUUGGGGACUUCGAUGAAGUUGAGGCCAUGGUCAUCACACUUCCGUUAUUUUUCGAAGCUCAAUAA